AUGGCAUCGUACGGUCAUCAUAUGCCCGCUGCGGCUCCGCGAGCCGCCCAUCCUGCCACCUAUGGCGCCCCAAUGCCUGUCCCUGUGCCCACGGCGCCUGCUGGCACCUUCGCACCCGGCACGAAGAUCCAAGUUGGCGGUCACAGAGUGGUGAUCCAGAAAUAUUUGUCCGAGGGAGGUUUCGCUCACGUCUAUCUGGUUAAGCUCCCGAAGCCUGUCGACGGUACGGACAUGGCUGUUUUGAAGAGAGUGGCUGUCCCCGAUAAGGAGUCCCUGAGAAGCAUGCGAGUCGAGGUCGAGACCAUGAAGCGGCUCAAGGGCCAUCGCCCUAUCGUCACAUACAUCGAUUCUCAUGCGUCUGAAAUGCGAAAUGGAGGCUACGAAGUGUUCUUGCUCAUGGAACACUGCAACGGAGGUGGCCUGAUCGACUUCAUGAACACGCGUCUCCAGCACCGCCUGACCGAACCCGAGAUCCUCCACAUCUUUACAGACAUAGCCGAGGGCGUCGCCUGUAUGCACUACCUCAAGCCGCCACUACUUCACCGCGACCUGAAAGUCGAGAAUGUCUUGAUCCUCAGCCAUGGUUCCCAGAAGCGUUUCAAGCUUUGCGAUUUUGGAUCCGCUGCGACGCCCAAACCCGCGCCCCAGACCGUCGUUGAGUGCAGGCUUCUUGACGAGGACGUGCAAAAGCACACCACCAUGCAGUAUCGAAGUCCAGAGAUGAUAGAUGUCUACCGAAAGCUUCCCAUCGACGAGAAGUCUGAUAUUUGGGCUUUGGGCGUUUUGCUGUACAAAUUGUGCUACUACACGACGCCCUUCGAGGACCAGGGGCAAUUGGCCAUCCUCAACGCAAGCUUCAAAUACCCCAGUUAUCCCGUCUUCUCAGACCGCCUGAAGAAACUCAUUGGAUCCAUGCUGCGUGAGAGCCCACAGGCCCGACCAAACAUCUACCAGGUCCUCCGUGAAGGGUGUGCUAUGCAAGGGCGUGAUGUACCCAUUCAAGAUAUAUAUGCUGGGGGACAACGCUCCGAGCCGUCGAGUCGAUCUUCAGCGAUGGACAGGCCACAACCUAAGCCAGUUGUUGGCGCUGUUUUCUCCCCUCCUCCACAGCAGGAGAAUGCCAUUCCCGACAUAGUUCCUAUGAGGAGAGGAAGGUUGCCAGCCGCGAGUCAACAACCGCAACCUCAGCAAGCCGCCAAACCCGGCCCAUCUCCCAUGCGAGUGACUGACGGAGAUCCGUUUGCCGCUUUGGAUGCACCAGCUGCUGCUGCUGCUGCUGGCUCUCCGGCGGCGGCUGCGGCGGGAGACGUUGACGAAUUCGCGUCUCGCUUCCCGCCUUUGGAUCAGUUUUCCAUCCUUCACGAGAAAGGCUCUAAAUUCAACUUUGACUCGCAUACUCCUCCCCCUACGCAGCAACAGAGAGUCCCGGUUUCGCAACCGAUUCAGAAGCCUAAGCAUCAGGCAUAUCCGGCAGUACAGUCUCCACCGAAGAACCCGGAGCCGGCACGGCCGAGGACUGUCACUCCGGCCGUCACUGCUUCUCAUACGCCGCCGACAGUUAAAUGUCCUCCUCAGGCUGCCGUGGGACUUACGAAGACGGCAUCUGCCCCUCCAAAGCCAGCCGAGAUGAGCAGAGCACAUGCUAUCAUCAAUAAGAAUCCCGAAUUGCAGGCCAUCUCGUCUCAAACACAGGCCCAGUACCAUCCUCAGCCUCAGCCAUCUAAAUAUGUAUCCACCGGCACAAUGACAACCUCUCCCCCAGGAGAGCAACAACCUACCCAGCCGGUCCCGGUGUGGCGGGUUCCCACAUCGGUCCACCACCGGUCGUCUAGCCUUCCUCGUCAAGAAGACCAGAAUGCGUCAUCUAGGCCAGGCGUAGAAGAAGGAUCACUGCCUCGGAACCCUUCGUACCAGCUGCGCCCGACCCAUGUCCGGCAUCCGUCGUCGUCGCGACCGUCAUUGGAAGGCGGACGGCCAAGCCUGGAUCUUCUUGAUUCAAGCAGUCAGUCAAGAAGAUCCAUUGAUGGCCGUCCCAGGCCUGCCAGCACCUAUCUCGAGUCAAACCUCGACUUUUUGCGCGAAAAAGAAAACUCUUCAAAAUCCGUUCCUCCCCCUAGUCUCAUGUCUCCGAAGUUUCCUGACAGAGUACCAUCGCCUGCAAUGGCGGAACCAGAAGAGGAAGCUCACAUCGAAUCCAAUGUUGAAUUUCUGCGUAGUAUAGAAGAAUCAGACUCGAAGAAAAGGGACUGGCAUUCGAAACACGGCAAACGCGGGAGUCUCAGUUCACUGUCCGGGACAAAGAACAUAUUCGCUGGAAAGUUUGGCGAUGCAUUCAAAAGGUUUGAAGGAAACCAAGCACCACCGCCUGCUCGAACUCCGUCACCGCUCAAGCAGCUGGAGCGUGGCGUGCUGACCCCCAUCGAGGGGUCGGAGGCCACCGAUGGCCGGACCGACGAUGGCAAAGGGCACGAGGAGAUCGAAGACACGCCCGCGAUGAGACGGGAGAUUGAACGCCUGCGUCUCGAGGAGGAGGAGCGACGGGUCGAGGCUGCGGCCGCGGAGUACCGCCAACGUUUUUCCAACCAGCCAGGCAGCACUGCACCUCUGCCCAAGAGUAUUGGCGGAGUGUCCCGCGCUGUCAGCAUCCAGAACAGGGUGCAAAACCUGUUGAGUGAGGGCCAGAAGUCCUCGGUUCAGGUUCCGCGCACUGCUCAAGGUUACGGCGUGUACACAGACUCUGCCGCGGGCCGUCUGGACAAGCAGCUUCCAGAUAUUCCGAGGAAGCCGGUGGGCAACGCUAAGCCUCGGCCUAUGACGCCGUCUAAUUCACAAGAUGUCGUGGUCAACAAGGUGCGGCCGGCCACAAGCGAGCCUCUGCCAGCAGCGGGACGGUCCACGCCCGGCCCGCGACCGGUGGCACCCCGAAAGCCAAUGCACCUCAACAGCCUGCCGACCGGCGGGCGACCAGGCUCGCCGCCGAAGCAGCACCAGGCUCCGCCUUCCACGUCUUCGGAGCACCUUGUCGGCGUGGGACUCCCCGGGCGACCGGUGCUGGAGAUGUCGGCCAAGGAGAAGGACGACUACGUCCAGGACUUUUCGAAACGAUUCCCUAGUCUGGGCUCGAUCGAGAUGGUCGAACGAGAUCUCGCAGCGGAAGCGGGCGAACCGCGCACGAGUAGAUAG